GCCGCGUUCGGGGAGCAGCUUGGCGCUUCGAUCCUCCCGAGCUUCGCUCUGCAUCCGCCCCUCGCCAGUCUUACUUUUCCUUGCACCCGGGGAGGGGGCCCGCAGCUGACCACCCCCCGCCGGCGCCGACCCCUGAGCCGUUUCCAGUCCCUCCUUAGCCAGUCCUCCCCACUCAUCCUCCUCUGGGGUGCCUCCGCGAGCCGGUCCAAGGCUCCCCCAUCCUUGGAAAUUGUUUUGUUGGACUGCUGGACCGAGGCGUGUAAAGCUCGAGGACUUUAUUAUUCUUUUGAUUCUUUCUAUUUCCUCCCCUUCUGGGCAACGGAGCAAUGAAAUUUCCAAUCGAGACUCCAAGAAAACAGGUGAACUGGGAUCCUAAAGUGGCCGUUCCGACAGCAGCGCCCCCCGUGUGCCAGCCCAAGGGGGCCGCUAACGGGCACCACGCGACCCCGCGCCUCUCCAUCUCCUCCCGAGCCACGGUGGUAGCCAGGAUGGAAGGCGCCCCCCAGGGGGGCCUGCAGACCGUCAUGAAGUGGAAGACAGUCGUCGCCAUCUUUGUGGUCGUCGUGGUCUACCUCGUCACGGGCGGUCUGGUGUUCCGGGCCUUGGAGCAGCCCUUCGAGAGCAGCCAGAAGAACACCAUCGCCUUGGAGAAGGCGGAAUUCCUGCGGGAUCACAUCUGCGUGAGCCCCCAGGAGCUGGAGACGCUGAUCCAGCAUGCCCUUGACGCUGACAACGCAGGAGUAAGUCCGAUAGGAAACUCUUCCAACAACAGCAGUCACUGGGACCUUGGAAGUGCCUUUUUCUUUGCUGGGACUGUCAUCACCACCAUAGGGUAUGGGAAUAUUGCUCCAAGCACUGAAGGAGGCAAAAUAUUUUGUAUUUUAUAUGCCAUCUUUGGAAUUCCACUCUUUGGUUUCUUAUUGGCUGGAAUUGGAGACCAACUUGGAACCAUCUUUGGGAAGAGCAUUGCAAGAGUGGAGAAGGUCUUUCGAAAAAAACAAGUGAGCCAGACCAAGAUCCGGGUCAUCUCAACCAUCCUGUUCAUCUUGGCCGGCUGUAUUGUAUUUGUGACGAUCCCCGCUGUCAUUUUCAAAUAUAUUGAGGGGUGGACCGCCUUGGAGUCCAUUUACUUUGUGGUAGUCACUCUCACCACGGUGGGCUUUGGUGAUUUUGUGGCAGGGGGAAACGCUGGCAUCAAUUACCGGGAGUGGUAUAAGCCCCUAGUGUGGUUUUGGAUCCUUGUUGGCCUUGCCUACUUUGCAGCUGUCCUCAGUAUGAUCGGAGAUUGGCUACGGGUUCUGUCCAAAAAGACAAAAGAAGAGGUGGGCGAAAUCAAGGCCCAUGCGGCCGAGUGGAAGGCCAACGUGACGGCCGAGUUCCGGGAGACGCGGCGGCGGCUCAGCGUGGAGAUCCACGACAAGCUGCAGCGCGCGGCCACCAUCCGCAGCAUGGAGCGCCGCCGCCUGGGCCUGGACCAGAGGGCCCACUCGCUGGACAUGCUGUCGCCGGAGAAGCGCUCCGUCUUCGCCGCCCUGGACACAGGCCGCUUCAAGGCCUCGUCCCAGGAGAGCAUCAACAACCGGCCCAACAACCUGCGCCUGAAGGGCUCGGAGCAGCUGAACAAGCACGGGCAGGGGGCCUCCGAGGACAACAUCAUCAACAAGUUCGGGUCCACCUCCAGGCUCACCAAGAGGAAAAACAAGGACAUCAAAAAGACCUUGCCCGAGGACGUUCACAAAAUCUACAAGACCUUCCGGAACUACUCCCUGGACGAGGAGAAGAAGGAGGAGGAGACGGAGAAGAUGUGCAACUCGGACCACUCGAGCACCGCCGCGCUGACCGAGUGCAUCCAGCAGCAGGCCGGGGUGGAGAACGGAUCGGUCCCCACGGACACCAAAGACAGGGCACUCGAGAACAACGCAUUACUUGAAGACAGAAACUAAAUGCCGAGGACCUCGGACCCGACCAAGCGUUGUGGUUGGUUUGGUUUUUUUUUUAUAUUCACCCUGAGACACGUGCCUUAAACAGACUUCUCGAUAGUCCGAAAUUACAUAGCAUUGAAGAAUAUAUUUCACUGUGCCAUAAACGACUUGAGAAAGAUUGCUCUGCCAAAAGGAAUCCAAGGACAAGGGCCGCACUUCCGACAGUGGCCGCAGGACACCCAGGGAGUGUUGGCACACGCAGGAGGUCGUGGCCACCGAGUGAAGGGCAGGUGCGGGUCGGGGCCGCGCCCCCCUGUGCAGUGCCGCGCCGGCCCCGGCAUGUAGAAAGGGCAGCUAUUCCUUAGACCAGCCUUCUGAAAGGAGCAGGUGUGUCUUCUACAUGGAGCCUCGUUCCCCGAAACUACCGUUAGAGAUAUGUGCACACACAGAAGAGGGGUGGAGGGGGUCUGAACAAGUACCUGUGAUGAGGCUGAGAGCCGACCUUGUGGUAGGUCGUGCUGAGCUGGAAUUUUGAUAGCGAACCACUCAGUGCGUAUCCAGUCUUUCUAAGCUCCAAGUGAAUGUCCGUGGGACCCGCGAGCACGUGGAAUUUGUGGGAAACAGAUCAGAGCACACGUAUUAAAAGGUGCAAUUGCUUUCCUCAUUACAAAAGAGAGAAAAAAAUCACAAAUGCAUCACACUGUGGAUAUCACCUUAACCAAUGACAGAAGCCUAAUGAAUUUCAUCUGUCGGCGAACGACAAAUGAACUUGCAAGCAUUGGCGAAAACUCAACCUCAUUCGCUGCAUGGUUACAGGCAAAAAAAAAAAAAAAAAAAAAUCAUGCAUUUUCCUCAGUGGGUGCAGUGGUGAAAAUAAACUGGUUUUGAAAUGUCCAUGUUCACUUUCCUAGUGGAACUCUGGUUAUAGGUUGUUUUGAUAAGAGGGGGAAAAAUACCAAAACGAUUGCCUUGCAUGAUGCCAGUGGCUUACUGUUCUGUCUAGCUGAUCCUAAAUUUUUAUAAAAAUAGACAUCCUGCAUGUCUGAGACAUACCAAGGAGGACCAUGGCAUCAUUCCAUCUCAGGGCUUUUUGUCCCUUUGGGUGUCUUAAAGGUAGACGUAGUGGCGAGGUCCCAUCUUGCUAUCUCCAAACAAAAGAAAGAAUCCCCCAACCAACUCUUUCUUGUACAAGAAAAUUGAAUUGUUUUCAUUGCUUGCAGCUUAAGUGCCAUUAAUGCCAUUUAAAAACUAAUGCUUAAAAGAAGUAUUUACAACAUUCCACUUUUAUGUUUGGGUGUUCCUUAUUUGGAAAGCAUCACUUCUUUUCCUUGCUAUUUUGUCUUGCACCUGCUACUCACUAACGGAACACCUGUGUGAUGGUUCCACAGGCCAACAGUGCAACACGAUUGUUCCAUGAGGGUUUGGGUGGUCAGUGAAGGAAAGUGGGGGAGUGGCCAGUCAUCAGUUUGGAGAAGAAGAUUUUUAGUAGAUUUUUUUUUUUUUUAAUCAGAAAGGACAAAAUAUGUGUGGGGCUCACCAUCCUCUGUGCGCCUCAGCCCGUUGCAUAAUUGGCUAUUUGUGGUCCCGAUGCAGCCGUUUGGACCACAUGCUCUUAAGCAUUUGGACCUGGCAACCCCAAACCCCAGGAAGUUGCUGGUUAUGGGCCUCCCAGGCUCAGCGCCACCUUUUGGGGAUUCACGUGGCUAACACGCACAGAGUGGACUUAUCAAGAGAUCACAGAACUAGCAGAGACUUCCCGAAAUCAUCUGAUGCUUUCUGACUUCUGGGGAAAAUCAUACCUACCACAUCCUUGACCACUGGUACCAGGGCAGACCUCUUUCUGCCCAUUUCCCAAAAAUGCACAGUUCUCCCUUGCCUGGAGGCACAUGCAGCUCCACCUUCCCCUACCCCAAAAUUUUAAGCUCUAGCUAAAGUUCUGGCAUUGCUUUUGGGAAGGAGCCAAAUAAGAAUCAACUUUCAUGAGGCCCUUCCUGUCAAUGGUCCAUUUGGGCUCAUGCCUCCCAGGGGCUGGGGCUGGUGCUCACUGGCAACAUCCUGUGUCCACGUAUGAACAGACAUGGAAAUGACGUUAAUGCAGGUGUGGGCACUGGCUCUUACUGUGAGGGUCUUUCCAGCCUGACAAAAUGUGUUUUACUUGGUAGAGAUCUGGAACUUCAUUCUUCUGACAAGUUAAAAAAACCUCCCUGAUUAAACUACCCAUUGAUCUCAUUCAUUUGCAUUUCCACCCUGUAGUCCUCGUGACCUUCUUUAUAGUAGUGUGUUAAAAUCCCAGACCCUACAGACGACUCUGGCAAAGAGGCUUCCCUGUCAUUUAUCCAAUGGUUUCCACGGGCCAGGCACUGGAUCAGGCACUUUAUGGGCAUUAGCUCACUGAAACCUCAUAGCAACGCUCUACGGGAAGUGUUUGCAAACCCAUUAUAUACAGAUGAGGAUGCGGAGGCUCAGGGAAGCGGAGUAACCUACCCACUGGCACACAGCAAGAAGGUGGUAUAGAGGUGGUAUUCAAAGGCCGUCUGACCAAAGUCUGCUUUUGACUUUGCUCUAGUGUCCAUGUCAUGCACUCUUGUGAAUGUGUGUGUGUCUGUGCGUGUUUGUGUGCGUUGUGUGUCUUUCUAGUUUCACGGACACGGCAUACAGAGGCGGGGAGAAGAUCUCUAUGGCCAGGAGGGUACGUCGAGGUCUCUGUGUAAACGUGACCUACAGUGUUGCCCUUCCAGAUGCUUAUACAUUAUUUUUGGUUUGGGUUUCGAGAAUGCUGUGUGUGGCACACUUUCUGUAUUGUUAAAAAUGCCCUUUGAAAGCACUCUUUUGCACUUUACUUGCUUACCUUGCAGGAACUCCGUAUACAGCAGGAAUAAAACAAUUCAAAGCACUAAGCUGCACAUUCUACCAGAUGGAACAGCUGUUGGUGUGUGCAUAGACGCUUCCCCAAAUGAGGCGAAUCACAGUAAUACGGACGGAUCAAAAAUAGCCCUUGGCAGAGAGUGGGAAAAUAUCCAAUAUAACCUGUUCCCUGAGUACAGAGGGGGCCAAAGCCCUGAGGAAUAGAAUCAAAGAAGAGCCCUCCCUCUGUGGAGCUUGAUCCACUAGUUAUGUGGGCAGUAUUGGACAAGCUAUAACAUACUCUCCAAGGGAGAAGCUGAGAGGGAGUAAGAGCUUAGUGUGUCCGAGCUAAGAUUUGGGGGGAGGCCAGUUGUUACGAAGUUGCUUGAAUGAGUUACCCUUUUAAGAUGUGACAAUUAGUAUGCAGCAAAACUGCUACAAAUUCUAAACACAUCAGCACAGCCCUGCCCUGCCCUUCCGACCUGUGCUCCCUACCCUGCCAUAAACUUGGAAUAAAUGCCUUGAUUUUGCACAUGGGAAGAGCACAUGUUCUGUAUCUUCAGUGGGCAGUGUCUUUUGCUUCACCUGGUAAUUGGGUACUGAUCCUUCCUUCCGUAAUAGAUCUGGAGGGUUACUGCUGAUGGCCAGGGGGACAGUUUGGGAGACUAUAGCUCCAUACCCAGUCCUAACCCAACAGUGAACCCUAAGAACUUAAUCACUUUUGGGGUAGGGCCCUAAUGGGUGUGCAGGUCGGGGUGUCCUUGACCUGCAAGUGAGGCGACUGGGACUAUUUUUCUGGGCUCCCCUGUCCCAGCCUGUGAUCGUGGGUACCUCGGAUCUUGCGCUUCUCUGUUACCUCAUCAGUGCAUUGAGGGCUUUGAACACAGGUAAUCAUCAAGGCUCCUUUGAGUUCUGCGGUUCUCUGACCAAACAUCCCCUGGCCUCUGAGUUCGUUAUAUUUAUGAAGAACCGUAGUAGCUGGUUUUGUGAAUACCGACUAAUGGGCUCCCCUCAUUUUAGGCUAAGAGGAGAGCUUAGUCUCCUGCCCUUUGGGAUUUGUUUUCUGGGUAAUCGAUGGAGACCCAGUUGUGUUUGGGACCCUGGUGUCCAAAUUAGAAUGGUGCCCUGUGUAGGCUCACUCUAUCCUCUCAUAGCACACGGUCACCCGGAAGGCUCAGGCUACAUGAGCAUUUUUUGCAUGGUGUUAAGACUAUUUAAAGAAUUUUAAGCUCUUCUCUAUUUGCAGUCAGUUGUAGUAAAGGUUCCCUUUGAUUACUUCAUGAAUUCAAAUACUAUAGACAGAUCUCUCUUUCUCUCUCUGUCUCUCUUAUACACACACACACACACACACACACACACACACACUGGAAAUAAGAGGCUUUGGGUUCUAUGGGGACCAUUUGAUGUUGAAAGUCCUAUCGUGCUAGACAUUAGCAAACCACCCCUUUGCCCCCUUCUGAGAGGACAUCAUUUCCUGGCUGAAUCAAUGCUGCUCAUCUAUUUGUGUGCUUGGUUUUGGGUAUUACUGAGAAUGUGGCCACAAUUUGAGUGGGACAGAUUUAUUUAGACUCAUUGGAUUGGGUAAUGAGUAAUUGGGAAUGUAUCCCAUGUAUACUGCAGUUUCCAAACCAUAGGAAAGGCAUAGGAAAACAGACAAAUGUGCAGAGACUCUCGAAAAAAUGAGGAAAACCCCCCCAAUAUUGCAUUUCCUGUCUCUGCUUUCUGCAUCCCGCUAAUGUUUCAAGUGGAAGUUUAUGAUUUCUGUUAUGGUGCAACUGUGUGCAAGGACAGUGGCUGUGUCAGCGGAGGGAGCUUUCACUGGCAUAGUAUAAGAGCUAGUUAGCAAUGGCCUUAAAAAAUAAAAGUGGGAACUCUCAGAAACAAAGGUGACUUGAGUUUGGCAUUGUAGAUGCUGAUAAUUCUGCAUAUGGAAAUUUUGGAAUAAAUAACAUGUUGAUUACAUGGCUAUAAAUACAGCCCUGCACCCUGUCCUUGUACCAUAAACCAGCAGCGUUGUACUUCACCAACUUGUCCGCCAUCCCUGUAAACCUCGGUCCUCCCAUGGCAGUCCCUAGGUCACAUGACAUCAGUGCAGUGGCAAAGAGGAGAAAUAAGAAGUAUCUCUGGUUUUACUGAAAGUGAUGAUCAUUUUCACAGGUGCCUAAGAGAUUUGAAAUCUACCUUCUGUUCCCAGUUCUUAAGUGAAAAAUCUCAAAUCGUUCCCUGUGUAUUUAAAAAAAAAAUCCUUGAGAGGACUCACUCCGUAGAUACAGCAGACCAAUGUUACAGAAGGUGAUUGGAAAACCUCUCCUUUGCCAUCAGGGCGCCGAGCUUGAAGGGAGAAGGUGCAAUGGUGCCUAGAAACGAUAUGCAAACCAACCCACAUGCCAGCCUCCAGCCUCUUCCCCGUCCCAGACUCCAGACUCCUAGGCAGGGACCCCAGUGAUGACGAUAAACUCACGUGUGGAGGUGUUUUACCUGUUUUUCUCUCUGUAGGAUUUCAUGGUGCUUUAAAAAAAAAAAAAGGCAUUUUACAGAAAAUAAUGUGGGGUGGGGGGAGGAGGGAAUUUCGUAAUGUUCUUAGGAAAAGUAUAAGAGCAAAUUUGCUUGUAACGUUUCAAUGAGCUCUGCUGCUAUUGUCUUUAUUUGAUGAUGAUGAUGAUGUAACUUUUUUUUUUUUUCAAUGAUGCAGAAAAUUGCAACAAAGACCUUCUGGAAGAUCUGA